AUGGCGUUGGUAAUGUUAAUGUCGGCGUUUUCACUGAGGAUAUUGCUCCUGAGCGUGAUGCUUUCUGCACUGCUCAUUGUUGCGCAACAGUACUACGAUCCGACAACAAGGGAUUAUGCGGAGACAUGCAACGAAAUGGCCGAAUUUGCAGGAGAAAACUUUUGCAGGGUAUUUAACAUAUGUUGUCGCGAUCGGGCAAAUAAUAGACUGAACGGUGAUCGUUGUCAACUGGCUGAUCCAACCAAUGGAUGCCAGCUUACUCCCGAGGUAAGUGUCAAUCAUUUAUCGUAA